AUGGAAAAUAAAGCCCUGGUCGAGGUAGAAAUUAUAGUGGGCUUUGACAGCAAGGCAUUGGCUAUAAAAGAGCAACUUGCUGGAGGGAAUAAACAUCUAGACUUUGUGUCAAUUGUUGGGAUGCCUGGACUUGGUAAGACAAUUUUAGACAAAAAACUGUACAAUGAUCCUUAUAUCAUUCACCACUUUCAUAUUCAUGCAUGGACCUACGUUUCUCAAGUACCCAAAAAAAGAGAAAUGUUGUUGGACAUUUUGCAUUUUAAUGUCCUUACUGAUGAAGAUAAAAACAUGAGCAAUGAAAUGUUAGGCGAAAUGUUGUAUAAAAAAUUGAAGGGAAAAAGAUAUCUCAUCGUCAUUGAUGAUAUAUGGGAUAUUGGUGUCUGGGUCGAUCUUAAAAUGUAUUUACCAAAUGAAAAAAAUGGAAGUAGGAUUAUGUUUACUAGUCGACCCAUGCAUGCGUCACCUGAUAGCCAUACUCAUUGUCUACGUUUUCUAACUGAAGAAGAAAGUUGGGAAUUAUUUCAACGAAAGGUGUUUCCCGAUGAAAGUUGCCCUCCAAAACUGAUUGAAACUGGAAAGCAAAUAAUGAACAAAUGUCAAGGGCUUCCACUUGCAAUUAUUGUUAUAGCAGGACUUCUUGCAAAGAAUAAGAAGACAGAAGAGUAG